AUGAAAGAAAAUUUUCCUCAUCGGACAUCAGGAAAUAAUGAUAUUGAUGAAUUAAUUUGCUACACUCAAUUAAAGUUAUCCAAGUUUAGAUUUAUUCAACUUAGAUGGAUUUGGGAUGAUGGUGCACAAGAAUGGACUCGAGCUGGACCAAUGAAUGUUGCUUUAAAACUUCUUGAUAAUUCACAAAACAUUUCAAAGCAUAUCACAAAUCUACAAUCUGCUUCAUUAGCUGGAAUGUUUGGUAUUACAAAAGAUCCAACAUCAAGUUAUAUGAUUGUAAUGAAGUAUUACGAAAACGGAAAUCUUUAUCAAUAUCUUGAUCAUUGCAAUGAAAUUAUUCUUGGAGAGAUAGAGAUAUGGUCGAUAUGUUAUGGGGUAUCACUGGAGGUCUUGAAAGAAUCCAUUCCGAGGGAAAAUUCACGGAAAUCUUCACGGAGGAAACUUACUUGUCGAACAGACGAAAAGGUAUCUACGGAUGCUCGUAUUGCUGACGUUGGUCUUCAUGGGCUAUGUGAUAAUGACAUAAAUAAUGAUGCAAUUCAAAGAUAUGGGGUCUUACCAUAUGUUGCGCCGGAAGUUUUACGUGGCGAAAAUCAUAGUACUAGUAGCCCUUGGAAUAUAUUCAUAUGGUAUUGUUAUGAAUACUCUUGCAACCUGAAAAAGACCGUGGAUAUUUGCGAUGGUAAAAGACUUGAAAUCCCUGAGGAUACGCCAAGAUUUUAUUCAGAAUUGCGACAAUGUCGGGAUGAUGAUCCAAAAAAACGUCCGACGGUACUUUAUUUAAAUAAAAAUUAG